AUGGCCACCUCUACUGGUACUGGGUGGGCUCAACUGCGGCAGCAGGCCCGCUCGCUCGAAACUCAGACGGAGAGUGUUUUCCACACAUAUGCGCAAUAUGCAUCGAUGACAAAGCUCCCCGCCACGCCUUCGGAGGAAGAGCUCCGUCUUGAAUCGCAACUGAAAGACCUCCUCGAUAAGCGUGAAUCCCUCGUCGCCCAACUCGCCCGUCUCCUCGACUCCGAAGCCACCUUGACCUCCUCCGCCCUGAAGCAGAACAAUUUAUCCCGUCAUCGUGAAGUACUCCAGGACCACCGUCGCGAACUCCAGCGUCUCAAGUCCGCCAUCACCGAGUCUCGCGACCGUGCGAAUCUCCUCUCCAACGUCCGUUCCGAUAUUAACGCAUACCACGCCUCUAACCCGGCCGCAGCUGAAGCUGACUACAUGCUCGAGGAGCGGGGUCGCAUCGACGAGAGCCAUAAUAUGAUCGAUGGGGUUUUGAGCCAGGCGUAUGCCAUCAAUGAGAACUUCGGUCUACAGCGUGAAACGCUGGCUAGUAUCAAUCGUCGCAUUGUCGGGGCUGCGGGUCAUGUCCCCGGGAUGAAUGCAUUGAUUGGGAAGAUCGGAUCGAAACGCAGACGGGAUGCCCUGAUCUUGGGAGCUUUUAUCGGGUUCUGCUUGUUGAUGCUCCUUUUCUUUCGAUGA